AUGCUUGGUUUAUAUUAUAAUAAUAAUUAUAAUCGAUCAACUUCUUUACUGCUAGCAAGAUUUAAAAAUUCGUUAUCAACAAGAACAAAACCAUCUUCAAUAAUAUUAAGAAACACCCGCAAUUUAAAAUCGAUCGCACUACGGAGAGAAGAUAAAAGUCGAUGGGAACGUAGAGUUGCUUUAACACCUGACGCAGUAUCCAAUUUAAUCAAAGAAACGGGAGUCAAGAUUUAUGUGCAACCAUGCAAUAAACGAGUCUUUAACAAUGAUAGUUAUCUCAAGGCAGGAGCAAUGGUUCAAGAAGACAUAUCCAAUGCGGAUAUAAUCAUGGGAAUUAAAGAAGUAGAGAUCAAGAGCUUAAUACCAAAUAAAACAUAUGUAUUUUUCUCUCAUACUCAUAAAGGACAAUUGUACAACAUGGGAAUGCUAAAAGAUAUCCUUGACAAGGUAUUGGUUUAA